AUGCUUCGACCCCGUGCGCCCACCGGCUUCGCUCGCCGCACGUUUGCCACGACUCGAUCUGCGCCGCCCUCGACCUCGAGCAUCGGGACCCGCGCCGCCCUCGUCGCUGCGGGUGCGGCAGCCGCAGUGGGCAGCUACACGCUCGUUCAGCAGCAGCGCGCGCUCGACCUCGACCCAGAGCCGGCCAAGGGCAAGUGGGAGACGGGAGGGGUGGGGCAGGCGAUGAAGCCCGAGGUCUUCCUCUGGGGCCGCAACGCGCACGGUGUCGCCUCGCCCUCCUCGCCCGCCUCGGUCCCCUCGACCGUCAAGCGCCCUUCCGCCGCUCCCGCCCUCUCGACUUUCAUCCUUCGCGACCUCGCCCUCGCCGAGACGUACGGCGUCGCAGUCGAUGCGCGCGGCGACGUCCUCCAGUGGGGAGCGGGCUACGGCGGGUCGGGCGUCGAGCGCACGCUCACGGGCAAGGACCUCGUCCGCGCCGUGCCGACGAGCGAGGGCAAGGUUUUUGGCCUGACCAAGAAGGGCGAGGUGUGGGUCUUUGCGAGCGACAAGGCGUCGCAGCGGCCGGCAGGGCAGGCGGUCGACGUCGCGAACGAGGCGCGCGACGGUGGGUGGAAGUGGGUGCUGGGCAAGGGCACGCUGUGGGGCCGCAGCGGGCGCAGCGACGUCGAGGCGUUGAAGCUCGUGACCGACGUCAAGCUCGACAAGGGCGAGAAGUUCAUCUCGCUCUCUGCCGGCGCCUCCCACCUCCUCGCCCUCACCUCUCGCGGUCGCUCAUUCGCCCUCCCCCUCUGCCUGUCGGCCAACACGUACGGCCAGCUCGGCGUCCGCUCGGUCACCCUCCUCGCGCCGCCGCACCCGGGCAGCUCUCCUGCGGGCGCCCUCACGGUCCGCCUCGAGCCCAACGAGCGCCUCAACGAGAUCGACUGGAGCAAGGAGCAGCAGGCGCGACAGCCGAAGAAGAUCGACCCGCUCCUCCUUCCCGCCAUCGCUCCGCCGACGCCGUCCAACCCGAACCCCAAGGGCUCGCUCGUCCCGUCGCUCAACACGCCCGGGCCCAACAGCCUCAACGAGUCGUCGCAGCUCCAGCUCCACCCGGACCCGGCGCACCACGCCGCUCUCGAGCGCUCGAUCCACUUCUGCACGACCCUGUCCGAGAUUCCGGCUUUGCGCGGCAUCGAGGUCGCCGAGCUCGUCGCGGGCAAGAAGCACAGCCUCGCUCGUCUCGGCGGCAAGGCCGAGGGACGCGUCCUCGGCUGGGGCGCCAACAACUACGGGCAGCUCGGUCUCGGCCCUUCCCUCUCGUACCCCAUCAUCCCGGUCCCGACCGAGGUUCCUUUCAUCCGCUCACCCGCCUACACGGGCUCGAGCAAGUCGGCGCACGUCGCAUGUGAGCGCAUCGCGGCCGGCGGCAACGUCAGCUACUUCGUCACGCGCUCGAGGGAGAACGGCGUCGACCUGCUCGCUACGGGGCAGGGGCAGUUCGGCGCGCUCGGCUACGGCCAGUGGGCGCACGCGACGUCGCCGGUGCGGGUCAAGACGGUCAGCGGCCUGCGCGAGUGGAACGAGCAGACGGGCAAGGUCGAGUUUGUCGGUAUCAAGGACGUGCAGGCCGGCGAGGGCCACGUCGCGGUCGUCCUCGACAACGCCGUCAAGCACGACGACGGCUCGGCUUUCGGCCGCGACGUCUUUGUGUGGGGCUACAACGAGUUCUACCAGCUCGGCACCGGUCGUCGCUCGAACCUGCCAACGCCUCAGCACCUGGCGCCUCUCCCUUAUCCCGGUCCUGCCCCGACCGCCAUCGCCGCUGCGCCCGAGGCGCCCGUUUCGCCCGAGGGCUCGCUCAGCAGUGGAACGACGAGCCCGAUGCCGCACAAGCGCAUGCAGCUCUCGCCGUCGCUCCCGACGCCGAGCCUCAAGGACGCCAAGUUGCCGCGAGGGACCGUCGUCGAGGAGGCGAUUGUCGCGGGCGACGGCGGCUCGGGCGUCUUCUGGAGGGUCGUCAACCCUUGAGGAGGACGAGGAGGAGAGACUGAUCGAGACGGGUAGAGCAGGAGGGGCCGGACGGACGCGAUGCGGCUCUCGAGGACGAGGUUCGACUUGUAGCUGUACGAGCAAUGCUUCCUUCUCUUCUCUUCU